AAAGCACCCGGAAGCGUGCCUCUGAGCGUGGAAUCCACGUGGGUGGCAGGCACUUUCCUGAAUUGGGGAAACGGGGCAGCCAUGGAGAAGGAGAAGAAGAAGAAGCCCCUCCAGAGAUAUUGGGAGGCCGGAGUAGAGGUGGUCAGCGACCCAAAGGCCAUUAAGCCCCAGAAGGACGAUGGGAGGCCAAAGAAGAAGAGGAUGUCGAAGGACGGAGAUCGGGACCAGCCGGAGGGCAUCUCUGGGAAGGUGGACCCCUUUCCCGGCCCGGCGACCAUCCCUCCAGAGAAGGUGGAAAAGUUCAAGCGCGGGACCAAGCAGGGUCCGGUGCGAGACCGUCGGCUGAAGCGCAGGCUGACCUCUCAGGAGGCGAAGGCCCAGUCGGCCGCCAAGCAAGCCGCUCGGAUGGAGCUCCUCCUUCUGGAGGAACCCGGAUUCCUGGAGGGCGACGAGGGGGAGGACACGUGCACCAUCUCGCAGGCGGACAUCGCGGAGGCCGUGGACCUGGCCGCCGGAGCCAAGCGCUUUGAGCUGAGGCUGGACCAGUUUGGGCCCUACCGGCUGAGCUACACACGCAACGGCAGGCACCUCCUCCUGGGGGGCCACAGGGGCCACGUGGCCGCCCUCGACUGGCAGACCAAGGCUCUGAUGUGCGAGAUCAACGUCAUGGAGACCCUCACCGACGUCACGUGGCUGCACUCGGAGUCCCUCUUUGCGGCCUCGCAGGGGCGCUGGCUCUACGUCUACGACAGCCAAGGCAUCGAGCUGCACUGCCUCAAGCGCUUCCACCGCGUCCAGCGCAUGGAGUUCCUGCCCUUCCACUUCCUCCUGGCCACCGCCAGCGACUCGGGCUUCCUGCAGUACCUGGACGUGUCGGUGGGCCAGGAGGUGUCCUGCAUCCUCACCAAGGGGGGCCGGCUGGGGGUCAUGGCCCAGAACCCCUCCAACGCCAUCGUCCACCUCGGGCACAGCAACGGGACGGUGACCCUCUGGAGCCCCAACGUGAAGGAGCCCUUGGCCCGCAUCCUCUGCCACCGCUCGGCCGUCCGUGCCCUGGCCGUUGACCCUUCUGGCACGUACAUGGCGACGUCCGGGGUGGACCGGAAGGUGCACGUGUACGACCUGCGCUCCUUUGGGCGCCUGCACUCCCUGCUGCUCCCUUCUGCGGCCGCCGGGCAGCUGGACUUCAGCCAGAGGGGCCUCCUGGGGGCCGCCUGCCAGGACGUCGUCCAGGUGUACAAGGACAUCCUGCUGGGCCCACCCUCCAAGCCUUACCUGUGCCACGCCUUGCCCCGCCCGGCCCACGCCCUCCGCUUCUGCCCCUUUGAGGACGUCCUUGGGGUCGGUCACCAAGACGGAUUCGCCAGCCUCCUGGUGCCAGGAGCCGGGGAGCCCAACUUCGACGCCUUGGAGAGCAACCCCUUCCGGAGCAAGAAGCAGCGGCAGGAAUGGGAGGUCAAGGCCCUCCUGGAGAAGAUCCCCUUUGAGCUCAUCUCUAUGGACUCGGGCCAGCUCGGGACGGUGGACGCCAUCUCCAUGGAGCAGCGGCAGAAGGAGCGCGUCGAGAGGCUGGGCUUCGACCCCGAGGCCAAAGAGGGUUUCCGCCCGCGGAAGAGGAUGAAGGGGCGCGACUCGGCCGCCCACCGGCUCCGGAGGAAGAAGAAAGUGGCCGCCGAGGAGCACCGGGCUGCGAUCCGGAAAAGUAUAGCCGAGAAGGAAGCGACAGUCGCCAAGGAGAAGGAAGGGAAGGGGGGCAAGGGGGGGCUCCCCUCCCAGAAAGGCCUGCGGUCAGCGCUGGACCGCUUCCAGAAGUAGCCCCCCCCCCCCUCGCCUUUCGUGGGAAGGAAAUCCCGAUACGCAAAAUAAGGAAGACCAGCGUUGCCCCCGUGGGGGUGAAAAGGGGAAC